GCCAACCGAGCAGCCAUGAGGAGGUCUUCCGCCGUCAGAGCCACAGCUGCGAUGAUGCUCGCCUUUCUGGCGGCCGUCUCUGCCGCCGCUGUCAUCCCCGCACCCUAUCCAGAUGGGGCAGCGGACUCGGCAGAGGACGGCGAGUCCGGGCUGCCGCUGGUGCUGCUGCCUGGCGGCGAGAAGCGCGCCGCGGACGACGGCGGCCGCCUGAUGCUGGGGCUCGGUGUCCUAAGCAACAUGCAGCAGUUCUUCGACAACCUCCGCUCAAACCUGGAAACCAUAGAGUCUAUGCCCAAAGAAGAAAGAGAGGCUCUGUUGGGACAAGCUCCAGUUGUCACAGUUCACCGGCGCAUAGGGUGUGGAUCAAGCUGCUGUAGGUGCCGAAGCACUAGGCCACCAAUGCGGACUACUCGGAAGUAUUUUGAGCAAGACCGAGAAAUACGGCCAAAAGCCACUGCUGCUUACCUUCAUGCCUUGAGAAAUCAUCGACCUUCAUAUAAAAUUCGUAAUUUUGUGGCAGAAUCUGAAACUAGAAGCUCACAUGGUAGAUACGACCCAGGCUACCUCUGGACAGGGCUUGGAAGGAAACGUUAAAUUUCAAGGAGUUACUGAUUCUAGCAUAUAACAUCAGUAUCAGAAAUCCUAAGCAGUGCCAAACUAUUAUUACAUAAUUAAUCAGCACAAUUUCAAAUCAAUGUAAAGUAUUAAUAUAACUUUCAAGUAAAUGUCUGAAAAAAUAAAAAUCACCUUAAAGGUUAACACUGUUCUUACAUCUUUUCACAGUGAUAAGUGAAUCAUUCAUUUGAUGACACUUAAAUUCUGUUACUAAAAAUGGGGUGUUUCAUAGGAAUGAACAAGUAAAGUGGUUGUACAAAUAAACUAUGUGUUAUGGUGUCCCAGGGCACCAGCCGCAGCCCCAUGACAGUUACAAUGCGUGGAUGAAAGUAGGUGAUGCUUGCACACUCUGUAGCAACCAGACUGCAAUCCAGACUGCCAGGAGGUGAACUAAGAACUAUGUACCACUGGGUACCUCUCCAGUCAUCAGCAAGAGAUCAUUGGCCACACCACAAUAUGCCCCCAUCCAGUCUCAAGUGACUAAUGGGCAGCAUGUCUCUUCCUGAAGAGUGAGGAAACCACUGGUAGAUAUUACAAACAGCUUUGUUAUUAGCUUGCAAAAACAAUAAGGAUAACAAGAAAUUAAUUCCACCUUUUCAAUGGUUCUAACUAAAUACAGUUCAAAGGUAUAGGUUCCAACAACCUCCCAGGAGCUGCAAAAUUACAGUAGCUGCACUCGAAGAAGCCGAACUUCUAAGUGUGAUACAGCCUUCACCAGUAACGCGUUGAUGAGAGCUUAAGUGUUGGACUGCAAGCAAUUGGCACAUGCCUCAUCCAGCUCUGGCUUAAAUAGUCACUCUUCAGGAAGAGAUGUGCUACCCUCUAGCCACUUGUGACUGGACUGAGGCGUGGUUUUGUGGUGCAGCCAGUGACCUCUUGCUGAUGCCUGAUUAGGUACUGGGUUGUCGAUAAUUGUCCUGGCAGUCCAUGUUUAUAAUUGAUGUUCUGACACGGUUGUUACAGAGCAUAUGUCACCUACUUUGACCAGCACAUCAUAAUUGUCAUGAGGAUUGCGGCUGGUGACCCCGGUCACCAUAGCACCAAAUAACUAGUUUCUUGCCAUUUCAUUCAACUGUUGAAAUAUAUGCCCAUAUCUUGUAUGUAGCAAACCUUAGGUUUGUUGAUGUAUUGUUGUAACAGUACUUGAAUGUAUAGCAAAGGGAAGAACAUUUUGUGUCAUUGUUUAUCACAUGAAACUUCAGUUAUUAUGCUUGAAUUAAAAUAUUUGUCUAGUAACAGUAAUAAAAUGAUUUUGAACUUGGACGGUAAAUGUUUUGUUAUGUACAUAAACAGAAUGCUAGAGACGGUCGAAAAUGAAUGGAAAUACGUUUUGAUAAGGGCGCUAAUUCUAGUCACUACAAUCUAGUCAUACUGAAACCUGUUUCUUCUGUUCUCUAUGUUAUAUUUGCAGUUAGUCCUUAGUAUUCACUGAAUGGAGAAUUUUUUAUGGUUUUCAAGGCCAAUUACUUAAAUUUGUUAAAUAAUCUUUCAUAUCUACUACAAAAAAAUUUCUGCUAGUACAGUAGCUGCAUAGUCAGUAGUACAUAAAAUUUGAAAAGGCAGAUUUAUGUUACUUAUAAUGCAUUGGAAACAUGUAAAGAAUAAUUCUUAGCAGUUAUGUUAGUUUUAACUCUUAAGAGAAACAAUUAAUAUGUUUU